AUGUCUCCACCUCCGUCUGGCGGCAAGCGCGAAUCGGCGCAGGCACGAUUGCUCGGUUCCGGUCUGUCCGGUAUCGCGGAACUGCUCGUGUUCCACCCGGUCGACACGGUAGCCAAGCGACUCAUGUCGAACAAGGUAUCGGGACUCUCGAUGGCGCAGGUGGUGUUCAAGGACAAGGCUACUGCCAACCUCUCGACCAAGUUUGUCUCUCUGUUCCCGGGACUGGGCUACGCGGCGGGCUACAAGGUGCUUCAGCGAAUCUACAAGUUUGGCGGGCAGCCGUACUUCAACGACUACCUCACUGCGCACCACAAGAAGCAGUUCGACUCGAUGUUUGGCGAGCGCGCGGGCAAGUCGAUCAUGUCUGCCACCGCCGGUUCGCUGACGGGUAUCGGUGAGAUUGUGCUGCUGCCGCUCGACGUGCUCAAGAUCAAGCGCCAGACCAACCCCGAGGCGUUCCGCUCCCGUGGCUUCCUCCGCAUCUUGGCGGACGAGAACGUCAACCUCUACCGUGGCUGGGGCUGGACCGCCGCCCGAAACGCCCCCGGCUCGUUCGCCCUUUUCGGAGGCUCCGCUUUCACUAAGGAGUACAUCUUCGGCCUGAAGAACUACUCGGAUGCCACAUGGACGCAGAACUUCUUCGCCUCGAUCGGCGGCUCAGUCGCCUCGAUCACCGUCGCCGCCCCCCUGGACGUUGUCAAGACGCGCAUCCAGAACGCAAACUUCGAGAGCAAGGUCGGCGGCGUCACCAUCAUCAAGGACAUGAUUAAGAACGAAGGCUUCAGCGCCUUCUUCAAGGGCUUGACACCAAAGGUCCUCGUCGUCGGCCCCAAGCUCGUGUUCUCGUUCACGAUUGCUCAGAGCUUGAUUCCCUUCUUCGGCAAGUAUGUCUAG